AUGGUCAAUGUCAGCAACAAGAGGUGCGGCCACGCAGGGUGCAUCAAACGGCCGUCAUCUGGUGCAGCGGGCAGCAAGAAGGUGGAGUUCUGCUCAAACCACGCAGAGAAAGACAUGGUCGAUCUCAGUCGCCCGAGGUGCGGCCAUCCAGGGUGCAUCAAGCAGCCUUCAUUUGGUACAGCCGGUAGUAAGAAGGCAGAGUUCUGCUCGAAGCACGUGAAGAAGGACAUGGUUAAUCUCAGGGACGAAAGGUGCGGCCACCCAGGGUGCGUCAAGCGGCCGUCAUAUGGUGCAGCCGACAGCAAAAAGCGUGAGUUCUGCUCAUACCACGCGAAACAGGGCAUGGUUGAUCUCAGCCAUAAGAGGUGUGGCCAUCCAGCGUGCAUCAAGCAGUCGACAUUUGAUUUAGCCGGUGGCAAGAAGGCAGAGUUCUGCUCGAACCACGCGAGGCAGGAUAUGAUUAAUCUCAGGCGUGCCAGGAAACAGAUUAAGAGGGAGAAUGUAUUUCACGGCGAUACGGAGUGGUCCCUUCGCCAUCUGCAGUGCUGGAGUGCUGAGGAGUCGAUAAAAGAUAAGGAGCCUGGCAGCGUCGUGGCGGAUGCAGCGAGUAGUGGCGGCUGGGUUGCCGCCACUGAAGGCCAACAAGAGCCCCUGCAGCCGCACGGCGGAGGCGGGGGAUUUCUCCAGCAGCAAGCGAGAGAUGGUGGGGGAGGACCACGUCAGCUGCUGGAAGGCGGCUGGGCCAGCAGAUCGGGAGCGAAUCCUGCGAGACCAGCCGGAGUGGGCCCGAGCAUAGGACCGGACUACGGGGAAGCGAGGGGGUUAAACCCCCCAGGACUGGAUGGCCAAUUGAUCGGCAACAACGAGAGACAUGCACCUGUCGGCAACCCGAACAUGCCAAGCUCGGAGCUGCACCGCCUCCAAUACACCAGCGACGAGGUCCAGAGGGGACUCCAAGCGUUCCAUUUUGUGACCACUGCCAUCGUCAGAGAAGCCGACAAGGCUAUCGUGAACAGAUGCGAGACCGCAAAAGAGAUCCUCGCGGAACUCGACAAAAUUUACGAUCCGAAAUCGCAGGGCUCGAAACAAGCCCUCAUGAAGAAGAUGUUCAACAACUUCACGAUCCCCACACACAGCAGCAGGAACCCCAUCGAGCACCUAAACUCGCUCGAGCUGCUGUACUCACGCCUGCGCGAAAAAGGGUUCAGUGCUGAACAACCCUUCGUUCUCGCCUACUUCGUUGGUUCCCUCCCACCCGAGUACCAGCAGGCGAAAUUCCUGUUGGAGACAGCAACGGCGCUGGAUAGGGCCGACAUCGUCAGAAUCGUGAGCACGGUGCACGCGAGCCUUCCGGAGGAGAGGAAGGCCUCGAACGCAACGGCGCUGGAUAGGGCCGACAUCGUCAGAAUCGUGAGCACGGUGCACGCGAGCCUUCCGGAGGAGAGGAAGGCCUCGAACGGUCAGCGGAGGGCGGAGCACGCUCUCCUUGCGAGCUACGGUAGCGAUGGGGCGGCGGCAACCAGAAGGGGAGAGGGGGUGGCGCGAGGGAUGGUGGCGGCGGCGGAGGCGACGACGACGAUGCGGGUGGCCGACUGCACCGAGAGCAAACCCGUGCGAUAUGAGACAUGCAAGGGCUACGGGCACGACAAGAACACUUGCCCGACCGAGGAGACGGUGCUCGUGGUGGAAGUGCCGGCGGGGGGGACGACGCUGGUGGGCGAGCUCCGGGAGUGCCUAGGGUGCUCGACGGCUAAGGGGCUUUCCAAGCCCAUCCCCAACAAGACGUCGACCCGAGCAGCUAAGGAACUGCAACGAGUUUUCGUGGAUUUGAGUGGAAAAGCUAGGGUGCAGAGCUUAGGGGGGAAGUGGUGCACUCUCAUUGUCAAAGAUGAUUACACAGUGGAACCGUGUCUACUUUCUGAUUCACAAAUCAGACGCAGCUGAGGCAUUCGAGAGGUACCUUGUAGAAAAUCGGGCAGACGGUGCCCCGUCCGAUGUCAUGGCCGUGAGAUGUGACAACGGAGGAGUUUUUUUGAGGGAGAGUUCGGCAGAGUGUGCCGGAAGUACUGCAUCAAACAGGAGUUCACCCUCGCACACAGCCCAGAAUACAACGGUGUAGCUGAAAGCACUGGGUCUGAUCAAGGAUGCAGCACUAGCCGCCCGUAUCCAAGCGCCAACUCUUUUCCCGGAGCACCGAACUACCCUUCCCUUUGGGCCGAGGCCAUAGCUUGGGCAUGCAACGCCCUGAAUUGCACCUCCACCACAUUCAACCCAGAGAAGGAAUCGCCGUACGAGAUGUGGCACGGGCACCCUCCCCCGCCGGGGGCGACGUACCUGUUCCUCAAACCUGCCGUAUACAAGGUCAAGCGCACGCACAAGUCCGAGCCGAAAGCCCAAAAGCGUUUUUACCUCGGCCCGGGAAUCGAUACCAACCGUGACUGCGUGCGCAUCUUGAACGAAAAACGCCAAGCGAUCACAACUCGCAACUUCACCUGGUAGUCCGUACCCGCUUCCCCCACCGCCCUGC